UUCCUGCUCCGGGCCGCUCCGGUUCGUCUUCACGGCUCCUCCAUGAAUGUUUCCAGGAGCUCGGUCCGCCGUUAACCCGCCGACAUGAACGAGAGUAACGGAGCAGGCUGGCACCGACCGACAACCGGCUGAAGCCCCCGCUGGAAGGCAGCAGACGAGUCCGCCCCGCCCCCUCGUAUAAAACUGAGCUGUGAUUGGUGGAGAGCUCGUGUCACCAGAGAAGGAGGAAGCCUGAGCAGAGACUGGAGCUGCGAGUCAACCACAGGAUUCAAAAGACGUGCAGACGAUUAAUUAAUCAAAAGUUUCUACCUGCAGCAGAGAUGGGUGGUCAGGCGUCGUCAGUAGAGGGCGUCCAUGUGGUCGUUGUCGGCGGCGGGUUCGGCGGCAUCGCGGCGGCGCAGCAGCUGAAGUCUCGAGGACUCAGUUUCACUCUGAUCGACAUGAGAGACGCUUUUCAUCACAACGUGGCGGCGCUGCGAGCGUCUGUUCUGCCCGGCUUCGCCAGGAGGACCUUCAUCCCGUACGCUGAGACGUUUGGAGACAGUUUUGUUCAAGGUCGAGUGGAGCGGGUCGACACCGACACACAGACGGUGGUCCUGCAGGGAGGGAGGGAGAUCCAGUUCUCCCACCUCAUCCUGUGUACUGGUACUGACGGAGCGUUCCCCGGGAAGUUCAACACCGUGGCGUCCUAUCAGACCGCCGUCGAAAAGUACGACGACUUCAUCCAGCAGGUCCAGGCUGCAGACUCAGUGUUGGUGGUUGGAGGAGGGUCGACCGGCGUGGAGAUGGCUGCUGAGAUCAAGACGGAGUAUCCAGACAAGAAGGUGGUUCUGAUCCACUCCAGAAUCGCGCUGGCCGACCCGGAGCUGCUUCCUGCCGUCAGACAGCAGGCCAAAGAGGUUCUGCUGCAGAAAGGAGUUGAGCUGCUGCUGGGUCAGAAGGUGUCGAACCUGUCGGACCUGCAGCUGAACGUGACCCGGAGGAACACGGAGGUCACCACCGAUAAAGGAGACACACUGAACACAGACCUGAUCGUCUGCUGCACCGGACUGAAGGUCAACUGUGCUGCCUACGAGUCCAGCUUCUCCGGCUCUCUGGCUGCUAACGGAGCUCUGAAGGUGAACGAUCACCUGCAGGUCAACGGUUUCACCAACGUGUUCGCCGUGGGCGACUGUGCCGACGUCAAUGAGCCCAAGAUGGCGUAUCACGCUGGACUGCAUGCUGCUGUCGCCGUUAGCAACAUCGCCAACAGUCUGAGCGGGAAGAAGUUGACCUCAUAUCACACAGGUAACGUCACCAUGCUGCUGGCGAUGGGCCGGGACGACGGCGUGGGUCAGUUUAACGGGUGGCAGUUGCCUCGUUUCCUCGUCACUCUGGGGAAGAGUCGAGAUCUGCUGGUGUGGAAGAGCUGGAGGGAGAUGGAGCAGAAACAACCCUGACACACACACACACACACACACACACACACACACACACCCUGAUUGAUGAGGCAGCUCAGCAAUCAGAUUUCAGAUUCGCAGCUCUGAACACACGAACAUUCAAAUAAAGAGACAACUCGAUCCAGAUCGAUAACA